UGUUAUAGAAAAGUUAUCGAAUUGCAAUAACAAUAUUUCACAAGCCGCAGUCGUUUGCAAGUUUUUGUUAAUUUAAUUGAGUAAAUAUGUCGGAGACCAGCUCCAAGGAAAACGUCAAGACAGCAAUGACAUACAUUUGUGGCGAAUGCCAUCACGAGAACGAGAUGCGUCCACGUGAUCCCAUACGCUGUCGCGAGUGUGGCUACCGUAUCAUGUACAAGAAGCGCACCAAGCGCCUUGUCGUUUUUGAUGCACGUUAAAGUUUUCUGGAACACAAGGAUUAGCAAGGAUUAAGAACUAUUUCCCGAGUUUAGCUUGUAAUUGAAGAAUAUAUUUUAAUAAAUCUAAGAGACUAGAGAAAAUUGGACAAUUCGAUUUGAUAUAAACUAAGAUCGAAAUAUGAUUGUAAGCUAUGAGAAACUUCAGAGUCUAUCAGGAAAUCUUAAAACUUUUCCCAUAGUUUCAGAUUUUGAUCGAAGUCAUUUGAUAAGGCCCCAAAUAUCACGGGUCGUACAUUAAUUUACUACUUUUAGUUUAAGUUAAUUGUCGCCGUAUAUCUUACUCGAUAUCUGGAUUAUACUUCUUUCGAAAUUUAUAUAUGA